AUGAGACCACAACAACAACAACAACAACAGCGCCAACAACAACAACAACAACAACAGCGCCAACAACAACAACAACAACAGAGCCAACAACAACAACAACAACAGAGCCAACAACAACAACAACAACAGAGCCAACAACAACAACAACAACAGAGCCAACAACAACAACAACAGAGCCAACAACAACAACAACAACAACAACAACAACAACAACAACAACAACAACAACAACAACAACAACAACAACAGAGCCAACAACAACAACAACAACAACAGAGCCAACAACAACAACAACAGAGCCAACAACAACAACAACAACAACAACAACAGAGCCAACAACAACAACAACAACAACAACAACAGAGCCAACAACAACAACAACAACAACAACAACAACAACAGAGCCAACAACAACAGAGCCAACAACAACAGAGCCAACAACAACAGAGCCAACAACAACAGAGCCAACAACAACAGAGCCAACAACAACAGAGCCAACAACAACAGAGCCAACAACAACAGAGCCAACAACAACAACAGAGCCAACAACAACAACAGAGCCAACAACAACAACAGAGCCAACAACAAAAACAGAGCCAACAACAAAAACAGAGCCAACAACAAAAACAGAGCCAACAACAAAAACAGAGCCAACAACAAAAACAGAGCCAACAACAAAAACAGAGCCAACAACAAAAACAGAGCCAACAACAACAACAGAGCCAACAACAACAACAGAGCCAACACACACUGAGUAGGAGGAAUGACAAAUUCAAACUUCCAGUCAACCUUCUUAAAUAA